AUGAUGAGGGAUUCAACGGAACAGUUUUCUCGAAUCGAGACAACAUGUGGAUUGUUGCUUCGCCAAUUGCAGGAAAUAUGGAAUGAAAUGGGAGAGACUGAGGAUGAAAAGGACGCUGCUUUGGCUGAUAUUGAGAAAGAGUGUCUCUCUGUUUAUAAGAGAAACGUUGAAAAGGCUAGUAGGUCUAAAGCAAACUUACUGAAAGAAAUCGCUGUGGGAAGAGCCGAGAUUGCAGCCAUUGGCUCUUCCAUGGGUGGACAAGAGAUUCAUGUAACUGCUUUGUGUAACAGCAGGGUGGGAGAAAACUUAAAGGAGGAGCUCGAGAACGUGAAUGUGCAGUUAGAGGGGCUGCGCAAAAAGAAAACCGAGAGAAUGAACCGGUUUAAGGAAGUUAUUGAUCAGUUACUGAAGUUGUCAUUUCAACUUGGAAACCCAACGGAUUAUCUGAACAAGUUUGGUGCAGAAGAGACAGAUCUUUCGCUUCAGAAGUUGGAGGACUUGCGUCGGCAAUUGGCUCAACUCGAGAAUGAAAAGAGCAAAAGAUUGGGAGAGGUAGAGCGUUUGCUGGAAACGCUGAACUUGUUGUGUUCGGUGCUUGGUGAAGAUUUCAAGGACUUGAUCAAAGGGAUACAUUCAUCUCUGCUUGAUUUUAACACCAGAGAUGUGAGAAGAAGCACUCUUGAUAAGUUGGAUAUGAUGAUUGAGAACUUACGAGUGGUCAAGUUACAGCGUAUGCAGAAGGUUCAAGAUCUUGCAGUCUCCCUGUUGGAGCUAUGGAAUCUGCUGGACACGCCUGCGGAAGAGCAAAAGACAUUUCACAAUGUCACCUGCAGCAUUGCUUUGUCCGAGUCUGAGGUUACAGAGGCCAACCUGCUUUCUGUUGCUUCCAUUAAAAACUCUGAGGAUGAAGUCAUUAGGCUUAGCAAGCUCAAGACAACCAAGAUCAAAGAGGUGAUCCUUAGAAAGAAGCUCGAGCUUGAGGAAAUAUCAAGGAAGAUGCACAUGGCACCCCAAGUUCUUAAAUCAGAAAACUUUUCGCUUGAAGCUUUAGAAUCUGGUUUCAAGGAUCCUGAACAGUUGUUAGAGCAAAUUGACUCCGAGAUUGCGAAGGUCAAAGAAGAAGCUUCAAGCCGGAAAGAGAUUCUAGAGAGAGUGGAGAAGUGGAUGUCAGCAUGCGAAGAAGAGUCUUGGCUCGAAGAAUACAAUCGGGAUGAUAAUAGGUACAAUGCGGGAAGAGGAGCUCAUCUUACAUUGAAACGUGCCGAGAAAGCCCGUAUACUUGUCAAUAAACUUCCUGCAAUGGUGGAGGCUCUGACCGCAAAAGUCAAUGCUUGGGAGGAUGAAAGAGGAAAUGAAUUCUUGUAUGAUGGUGUACGAGUUUUAUCGAUGCUUGAGCAGUACAAGGCUCUAGGGGAAGAGAAAGAGUUUGAAAAACAGAGACAAAGAGAUCUGAAGAAACUCCAUGGACAACUCAUCACAGAACAAGAAGCCCUUUACGGGUCAAAACCAAGCCCAAGUAAAAGCGGAAAGAAACCACUGAGAACUCCCGCAUCUGCUGCUGCCAUGAACCGAAAACUCUCCCUUGGUGGUGCCAUGCUUCAAAGUUCGAAGCUUGACAAGGCAACACUCAAUAGCAAAAAGACUAACUACUACGACCAGAACGCUACUGGUAGAAGAAACUCUACUCUUCCAGCUCCUUCAGGGAGGAGAAACUCAGAGCUUCCUGGUCGUCUCAGAACAAAGAACGUUUCGGCUGCAGGAAAAGCUGUGACAAACAAAGGCAUAUCUCCGAUGCUAAGGAAGCCUCUUUCACCUGUUACUUCCAACAUCUUGAAUUCCCCAGAAGAUCGCAAGGAUGCUUACACAGCAAAGUCAUCACCUAAAACCAACGAAGAAAACAGAAAAAUGGCGGUUCCCAUCUCUGUACCAACGACUCCGGCAGCUUCAGUCGCUAUGACGGAGGCCACGACGCCGUUCACUCCUUUGUUCCCGGCGGUGGAAAAGAGGAUGGAUCAAGAAGACGCUGUUGAGUAUUCGUUUGAAGAGAUUAGGGCCGGUUUUCGCUAA